GUGUCCAGGGUACAGUGAACGUGCGAACGUUUCACAAAUCAAACAGACGAGGCAAGUGAAAGAACUAAAAAAGGAAGCCAGGAUGAAAGUGUCAGCAUUAGUGAUAGCUUUGCUAUCGUUGGUCGUAUUGGCCACAGCCAGAAAGCAAAUGGCCACGCGCUACGACAACUUUAAAGUGUACAAAGCUUUUAUAAGAGACGUCGAACAGCUGGAGGAGUUUAAAAAGAUUCAUCACCACAUACACAUUCAUAUGCUGCACGAUAUUGGCGGUGUCAAUCGCAGCUAUGAAGUCGUUGUGGGCCCAGCACAUCAGAAAGCCUUUGAGACAACUCUGCACUAUUUGGAUAUUGAAUUCGAGAUAACCAUUGAGGAUUUGCAAGCUUUGCUGGAUGAGUCAGCCUACGAUCCAGAUGCGGCCAUGGACUGGGUAACGUAUCAUCCGUUGGAUAAAAUCUAUGACUGGGUGGAUGAACAGUGCGCUGCUCAUGAUUAUCUCGACUGCAAGGUCAUAGGUCACUCCUACGAGGGGCGACCCAUCAAGAGCGUGCGUCUGUCGAAGCGUGAGGGCAACAAAGCCAUUUUAAUUGAGGGCAACAUUCAUGCCAUGGAAUGGAUAUCAUCGGCCACUGUUACCUACAUCCUAAAUCAGUUAAUCAACUCGAACGAUGCGGAGUUGCAGCGUCUGACCGAGGAAUACGAUUGGAUUGUGGUGCCCAUGGUGAAUCCAGAUGGAUUUGUGUACACACACGAAGUGGAGCGCUUGUGGCGCAAGAAUCGCCGGCCCAAUGGUUAUUCGAACUCUUCUGGUCUGUGUUACGGCAUUGAUAUGAAUCGCAACUUUGAUUUCCAUUGGAGCGGCGCUGGCUGGGGCAUCGAAGAUCCUUGUGACCACUGGUUUAAUGGCGAGCAGCCGAACACAGAGAUUGAGAUACUGCAGCUGCAGGAUUUCGUUAGCUCCUUCGAUGAGGGCUACAUACGUGCGUACAUGGCAUUCCAUGCCUAUGGUCAGUAUAUUCUGCUGCCGUAUGGACACUCGAACACUGAGUUUCCGCCCAACUAUGAUCAAAUGAUGCGCAUUGCCGCCGCCUUUGCCGAGGGAGCGCUCGAUUCGUAUGGCUCGGAGUUUACCUAUGGUGCCAGCGGGUUAUUGAACUACCCCGUCUCCGGUGCGGCCAAAGACUGGGCUUAUGGAGUUAAAAAUAUACCAUUCACCUGCACUGUGGAGCUGCGUGAUAAGGGCACAUUUGGCUUCUUCCUGCCAUCCAAUCAAAUUACGGAAGUCGGCGUCGAGGUCACCGAGGGCCUCAAAUCUCUCGUUGUCAAAGCAGCCGAAGAGGGCAUUUUUGAUUGAGAGUGAGACUGGCAUUGGUGGGUAUGGAAACAACAUUUAGCAUUAACAGUUGAGAUUACGAAAAUAAA